AUGGUCGCCCAAGUUCAAAAGCCAGCCCCAGCUUUCACUAAAACUGCUGUUAUCGACGGUGUUUUCGACGAAGUUUCUUUGGACAAAUACAAGGGCCAAUACGUUGUGCUAGCCUUCAUCCCUCUAGCUUUCACUUUCGUUUGCCCAACCGAAAUUGUUGCUUUCUCUGACGCCGCUAAGAGAUUUAGUGACAUCGGUGCUCAGGUUUUGUUCGCCUCUACUGACUCCGAGUACUCUUUGCUCGCCUGGACCAACAUUGCCAGAAAGGAUGGUGGUCUAGGUCCUGUCGACAUCCCAUUGGUUGCCGACACCAACCACUCUCUAGCCAAGGACUACGGUGUGCUUAUCGAGGACGCCGGUGUCGCUCUCAGAGGUUUGUUCUUGAUCGACCCUAAAGGUAUUGUGAGACACAUCACCAUCAACGACUUGCCAGUUGGUAGAAACGUUGAGGAAGCUCUAAGAUUGGUUGAGGGCUUCCAAUGGACUGACAAGAACGGUACCGUGUUGCCAUGCAACUGGACCCCAGGCUCAGCCACUAUUAAGCCUGAAGUCGAUGCUUCCAAGGAAUACUUCUCCGAGGCCCACAAAUAA